AUGAAGUAUCUAAGUGUGUUUGCUACAUUUGUGGCCAUUUUAUCCUGGGCAUGCGCUACGGUGUAUCCUAAUUUCUAUAAAGAUAAGACGAUAGUACUGGAUGGUAUGGGCACCGAGGAAUUUACUAUUCCCAGGGAUAAAAUAUUAUCUUUAGUUAAUACAAGUUUAACUUUAAAGAAUUUUGCUCAUAUCAGCAUUAAGGAGGGUGUUCUUAUCCAGGAAAAAUCAUCAGUUACUAUUAUUCCUCCUAUUGGCGCUAGUAGGAAAUUUAACUUUACAUUGGGCGGUGUAUUUGAUCUAGAAAAUGAGUCAAAAUUCAUAUUUGAUGGUAGCGGAAACACCUAUGAGGAUGAGGCCGAUGCUGUGAACAAUUUUGUUUUUGAUAUUUAUGCAAAUAGUAGUGGGAUUCAGGUCUAUAAGGGCAAUACUGUAAGUGUCACUCUUCCAACCAUAAAAAAUAGUAUACCAAACUACCAAGGAGAAUCCCCACAUAUUCGUUUUGCUGGUAGUACCUUAGAUCAAUUUAUAUAUAAACCUCCAUACGUGUUGGUUUCACUUAUGAUCAUUGCCGGAAAAUUUGAAGUGCUGUCACCGGGCAGUAAGACAGGAUCUCAGUUUGAUAAAGUUAUUUGGAGAGUGGACUUUGGAGUAAGUGGAUUAGCAAAAACUAACCCGAAUACCCCAUCCUAUGGCGUAGAUAAGUUAACUGGUGAAAUAACAUGUGAGGGGAUACUGGCUGUUUAUAAUGAUAUGUUUGCAUUCACAAAUAAUGCUGUGUUGCAUACAUUGGGGUAUAUUGGGUAUUCCGUUGUAUCACCAAUCACUUUGGAUCUGAGCAUGGGGCCAAUUCGUAGGCCAACAAACUAUGAAUAUCUAGUGGCAUUGCCAGCGGGGCAAGACGGCAUCACACUGACAGGCUAUAAAUACACAGCAGAUACCGAUAUAAGCGAUGCUCAUCAGUACCUGUUCUACUAUUUCUACGACAAUGAUGCUACCAAAGAAGACGAGAUUAGUGUAUCUACUGACAAUUCCGAUGUAAGGAUUUUGCAUUCCAACCCAUCACAAACUGUGACAGUGCAUGGUGAUAGCGCCCUGAAUAUUGGAUACUACAAAGGCGACAGAAUCGACUCAUUUGUAGGCUUCGAUGGUCUAGACUUUAGCAAAUACAAGAAGGAGUUAGCGGUAUACUUUUAUGAGUCCUUUCAAUACUCAUCUACCACGACAACGAAGUCUGAUGAGUAUACCACUGAAAUUAUCGAGAUCAUUGUGUCAGGAACACUUGGAAUAGAUAACAAGCCCUCUCCGGUAACGAUUAGUUCAACAAUUUAUAACCAACUACGCGAAACAACCGAGACAGUCGACUUAGGAAAUGGAGUGACGGAAUAUCAUGUACUAGAUUAUUUCCCAGUUCCUCAAGAUGAUAAAGAGCAUCCAUAUGGGACGAGUACUAAAAUAAUUACAUACAGUCCGCCACCUGUGACGAUCACCGCCACCACUGCCGCGGACUAUGUUGAGACCGACUGGAUCUCGUUCUUCAUCACCACGAAUGAUAAGGGUGAGAUUAUUACUGACAGCACACUGUUCAAUGCUACGCGUGACUACAACUUGCCUGAGGCUCCGCACACGUCGUUCGGGCCUGCACCUCCUGCCGAGACCAAGACUGUUGAUCUGGGCAACGAAGUGACUGAGUACCUGGUCAUCAGCUACUGGACUACAACAAAUGAAGUGGGUUCAGUGAUAACUACAGAAGCAACGAAAACAUACAGUCCGCCACCUGUGACGAUCACCGCCACCACUGCCGCGGACUAUGUUGAGACCGACUGGAUCUCGUUCUUCAUCACCACGAAUGAUAAGGGUGAGAUUAUUACUGACAGCACACUGUUCAAUGCUACGCGUGACUACAACUUGCCUGAGGCUCCUCACACGUCGUUCGGGCCUGCGCCUCCUGCCGAGACCAAGACUGUUGAUCUGGGCAACGAAGUGACUGAGUACCUGGUCAUCAGCUACUGGACGACCACCAACGAGUUUGGUGGGUUGAUCACCACUAGCAGCACCAGGACGUACAGUCCGCCACCUGUGACGAUCACCGCCACCACUGCCGCGGACUAUGUUGAGACCGACUGGAUCUCGUUCUUCAUCACCACGAAUGAUAAGGGUGAGAUUAUUACUGACAGCACACUGUUCAAUGCUACGCGUGACUACAACUUGCCUGAGGCUCCGCACACGUCGUUCGGGCCUGCACCUCCUGCCGAGACCAAGACUGUUGAUCUGGGCAACGAAGUGACUGAGUACCUGGUCAUCAGCUACUGGACGACCACCAACGAGUUUGGUGGGUUGAUCACCACUAGCAGCACCAGGACGUACAGUCCGCCACCUGUGACGAUCACCGCCACCACUGCCGCGGACUAUGUUGAGACCGACUGGAUCUCGUUCUUCAUCACCACGAAUGAUAAGGGUGAGAUUAUUACUGACAGCACACUGUUCAAUGCUACGCGUGACUACAACUUGCCUGAGGCUCCGCACACGUCGUUCGGGCCUGCACCUCCUGCCGAGACCAAGACUGUUGAUCUGGGCAACGAAGUGACUGAGUACCUGGUCAUCAGCUACUGGACGACCACCAACGAGUUUGGUGGGUUGAUCACCACUAGCAGCACCAGGACGUACAGUCCGCCACCUGUGACGAUCACCGCCACCACUGCCGCGGACUAUGUUGAGACCGACUGGAUCUCGUUCUUCAUCACCACGAAUGAUAAGGGUGAGAUUAUUACUGACAGCACACUGUUCAAUGCAACUAGGGAAUAUAUUGACGCAGAAGCACCUCAUUUAUCUUCUAGCAUGAAAGAUGUUUUACCUGAGAGUGAGGCUGAUUACACGACGACGAUUGACAAGGGCAACGGUGAGUUUGAGACCGACCUUGUUUCGCACAUCACUACGAAGGACUCUGACGGCAAGCCUACGACGAUUACCACUACGAUCCCAUUGAAGCCAAGUGAAGUCGGCGAGGCCGGCGAGGCCGACUACACGACGACGAUCAUAUCAGAUGGGCACACGAUCACGGAGGUAGUAUCUCAUGUCACAACUACAGACUCUGAUGGGAAGACCAUUACAUACAUCACCACGAUGGCGUCAUAUGAUCAAGUAGAUGAGGGUGUGUUCACGUCAGCUGCACCUUACUCACAGCCACCAGUCGUGACGAGUACAAUUACUGAGGAUGACGGCAGUAGCAAGACUGUUGUGAUCUCUUACUUCCCAUCUGAAGGCGAGGAUGGAGUGACCCGUACUGGCACAACGACUGUGUCGACCAUCACACCUGGAGAAGCCGACUACACGACGACGAUCAUAUCAGAUGGGCACACGAUCACGGAGGUAGUAUCUCAUGUCACAACUACAGACUCUGAUGGGAAGACCAUUACAUACACGACCACCAUAUUCAGUAACGAUUGGUUGUUAGUGGAUUCUGAGUUAGACGUUAAAUCGAAUCACCCUACUUCAGUUGUUUCCAAGGAGAAUCCUUAUACUACAGUGGAUUCGCAAAGCACUAUCUCUAGCAAUUCUGGAAACACGGUCGUCACUACAAAGACGCCAGCCAACGGUAAUGAGAAUCACGGAUUAUCUUCUGUUAAUGGAACUUCAGUUUCUAGUGGACGCAAUACUAUCCCUUCAGUGUCAUUGAUAAUCACAAAUACUUUAGGAUUCGCAGGGCCGAUAAACAAGCCUUCUUAUAGUACUACUUCUGCAUCGAGUUCUGUGCCACAGGAAGUUGCGAGGGACAGUUCUAAAUAUGGCGAAAAUGUAUCAUCUGUGGGUAUUAUGCUACCUCAAAUGUCUAAACCACAUGCCUCAUCUGCUUCAAUCUCAGUUGUUCAUAGUUCAUCACGUCCAGUUAUCUCUAGGGGAUCUAGGCCAUCCGAUGUUUCUGCUCGUCCUACCGAGAACACGCCGACAUUUGGAUCAAUGCCGGUUCAAAGCGGCGCUGAGAAUGAUGCUUCCGUGAGUUCGACAAAUGAUAACCAGAAUACACAUACAGCACAGUCACGGCUGCAACAGCUAGGAAAGACCUCCAGCGAUUUAGGGACCACUGCAUUAUUAAUACCGUCAAGCUCCGCUGUUAACAUCAGCCAUACCGGAGGGCCAUCGGACACUCAAAUAGCUUCUGUUUUACAAGGUUCUGGUUUUAAGAUCAAGGCCAACAAAUCAGAGGUUAUGAUUCUUUUAGUAACUGUGUUUCUCUUUUUAGGAAUGGUGUGA